AGAGUUUUUUCCUUUAAAAAUAAAAACAACCAUCCUGAGCCAAACGGAAAUCAUUCUGAUUGCUGUCGUCUAGCUCCCAACAAUGACUUCGUUCGUACGAUCCAAAAGGACGCAUAUGGAGUGGUCCCAAAAUUGGGACGCUGUUCGAUCCCCGCCGAAGUGCAGGCGAUGUUCUGAUGGAACUAUUGAACCGUUCUCCGGAGAAACCCAUUCUGAUCGAUGGCGAUAGUGGCCGGGUUUUGACCCGAGGCGAGCUGCGUACCAGAGCUGUUCGGAUUGCACAGAACUUGAAGAAGUUGUUCAACUGCGGUGAAAAAUCGGAUGAAGUCGUUACGGUUGCAGCCCUGGGUAACGAAAACCUGAUUCCUCUGUUGGUGGCUCUGCAGUUUUUGGCUGUUCCAUACAAUACACUCUAUCCGAAUUAUGCUGAGGAUGAAAUGGCUCACAUGAUGCGGCAGACUCAAUCUCGUUUAAUGUUUUGUGAUUCUUCGAACUAUCGUACGGUGAGCAAAGCGUCGAGGAAAGCAAUCGAAGGAGAUGUGGUGAUUUUCUCCCUGGAUCAGUUCACGGAAGGAGCACGGUCAAUAGAGGAUUUGUUGGUUGAAACGGGCAGUGAAGAUGAAUUCAAACCAACAUUGGUGGAAGACACGACCAAAACGAUUUGGAGUAUUUUCUGUUCGUCCGGUACGACUGGCUUUCCGAAGGGAAUCAGCUUAUCACACGCUAACAGAGCUUCGUCAUUUUAUCCUCAGGGUAUGUCCAACUUGAGCAUAUUGGUCACAGGAUCAGUUCACUGGAUUAGCGUAGUCUACACAUACGACAUGGCUCUGUUCUAUGACAGCGUAGUAGUAUUCACUCGAAAGCCGUACUCGGAGGAUCUUGUGUUCGAUCUGGUGGAGAAGUAUCGCAUCAACGUUGUCAACGGGCCGCCUUUCUUCGCUAACGCUGUGGCAAACCAUCCCCGAGUCAAAACAGCAGAUCUAUCCUCCAUUGCGCUUUGGGGUAUCGGAGGAUAUUAUGUCUCGGACAGCGUACGGGAUGCGAUGGACGCAAUCCUUCCGAACGGAAAGUCGUACACAUUCUUCGCUUCAACCGAAUGUGGCCCGAUUGCAAUGGAUUUGGUUCAACGAAAGCGAGGAGCUGUGGGAACGGUAUGUCCAAAUAUGAAGGUUCGGAUCGUUGAUGACGAUGGAAAGUCGCUUGGAGUUGACGAGAUUGGGGAGUUAUUGGUGAAAAGAGCGGUUCCAUUUAUUGGUUAUUACAGAAACGCAGAAGCUACCGAAUCAGUGCUCGACGAGGAUGGAUGGUUCCAGACCGGUGAUGUGGGAUACUUCGAUGAGGACGGCUAUCUAUACAUAGUCGAUCGGAAAAGUGAGAUAUUCAAGUAUAUCGACCCGGUGUCCCCUUCGGAGCUGGAAGAACUUAUAAUGCAGGUACCGGGUGUUGAGGAAGUUUGCGUCGUAGGUGUUCCCCUGGAAAACAAGAGUGCAGAGUUACCAACGGCCGCUGUUAUUAGACAACAGGGUUCAGAGGUUUCCGGCGAUGAUAUUGCGAACUAUGUGGCCGAACAAGUGAGAGACCACAUGAAGCUGCGGGGAGGAGUUCACUUUGUUGAGAAGCUGCCAGUGACUAGCAAGGGAAAUGUGAAACGAAAGGAGGUGAAGAACAUGAUAAUAAAUUUGUCAAAGUGAAACAAA